UCUCACACACUUCCCGCUUCUCCCUUUGCCUCCUUUAUCUGUCACCUCAUCAUUGUUUCUCAGUCCUGGGUCGAUUUUCUCCUUCCAUCCAACAUCACUAACAUCAGAAAACUGGACUAUUAUCACUCUCCGAUUUGUGGAAGCUUCCUGUGCACAUGUUGGUUGCUAUAUUUCCAAAAAUGCAACAAUGACGAGACUACAAAGGCACCUCACUGCCUGUGAAAUACUUCAGGAUGUCCAGAUGAUCAUGAAGGGUGCUAGUGAAAUAUGAAAAGUAUUGGCCCGAAACUCAUUCCUUUCCUGAAAACCUCCUGCAUAUACUUUGUGCUGUGGCUUCCCACCUCCAACCCAUCGUGGUUCAGUGCAUUAAUUAAAUGCCUGCCUGUCCUAAGCCUGGGUUUCUUCGUGUUGGCGCACAGCAUCAGCCAGGGGGUAUAUCGACCCUACGCCAAGAAAGUCCUGGUUGCUCUCCUUUUCUCGGCACUUGGUGAUGUGUUCCUGACGUGGGGCGACCAAGGAUUCUUCAUCCACGGAAUGUUGAUGUUUGGAAUCUCGCAUUUACUGUACACCUGGGCAUUCGGAUUGCGGCCACUGAAGCUCUGGAUUGCUCUAACGUUGCUGUCGCUGGGUGUGGUCUACUACGUUGCAGUCUACUCGUACCUGCGAGGCCCCAUGAUCUACGCCAUGGCAGGUUACGUUGUGGUGCUGGGCAUGAUGAGCUGGCGAGCCCUGGCACGCAUGGCUUGCUCCGAUUAUGAGCGAACGUGGGGCCGGAGGUGCACAGCAGCGGGAGCUGUGCUGUUUGUCGGCUCUGACCUGGUGCUGGCCAUCGACAGGUUCUGCUUCACCGUGCCUCAUGCCCGCGCCGUCGUCAUGUCAACCUAUUAUGGGGCCCAGAUGCUGAUCUCUCUGUCAGUCGCCGAGCAGAGUGAAUCGGAGAUGCUCUGGAAGAGGAACUGAAAUGAGAGAAUCUGAAACCAACUGCAACGCAUCAAAGAGACUCAAAGCAGGAGCUGUACUGUUCAAACCAACAUCACUUGAAUCAUGCCAGUCAAUAAUAAAUCUUUGUAAUAUGAAUUAAUCCUCUGUUAUAA